UAAAUGACAGCUGUGGCUCGGGUCCCAGUCCGGAGCUUGACGUCAGCGCCGCCUCCCCGGGCUGCGAGGAGUAGUUAGCGCCACCAUCCGCGCCCGGGGCUCGCUGCGCGCUCGCAAGCUGCUAGGGCGGCGAGUUUUCUUUGCUCCGGCCCCUCCUCCAGCCCUCCCCGCGGGGAGCCGAGCCGCUGCCUAAGAGCCUCUCGCAAGUCUCCCUCACACUUCCCCGCCGUCACCCCAAAGGAGCAGGCGCUCCUCCUCGCGCCUCCACCGCCGCCGCGGCGCCCGCGGAGCUCCUCUCCCGCGCGCUUCGCUCCCCCGAUGGAUCCUGGGCGCCGCCGCCGCCGCCGCCGCUGCCCCGAGCUCUGAACCGGGACGCCCCGGCCGAAGGAACGUGCUGCCCGGCCCGAGGGCGCACCAGGCGCACGCCGAGGCCGAGGGCUGCCGGGGGUGCAAGGCGCGGGCUUCGGGAAGGAGAAAGUGCUGCUCUCCCGUGUCACUUGGCCGGCGGCGGGGGGACCAUGGCGUUGAAGGACACGGGCAGCGGCGGCAGCACCAUCCUGCCCAUUAGCGAGAUGGUCUCCUCGUCCAGCUCGCCGGGCGCGUCUGCAGCCGCCGCCCCGGGGCCCUGCGUGCCCUCUCCCUUCCCCGAGGUGGUGGAGCUGAACGUGGGAGGUCAGGUCUAUGUGACCAAGCACUCGACGCUGCUCAGCGUCCCGGACAGCACUCUGGCCAGUAUGUUCUCGCCCUCCAGCCCCCGGGGCGGCGCCCGACGCCGGGGAGAGCUGCCCAGAGACAGCCGGGCGCGCUUCUUCAUCGACCGGGACGGCUUCCUCUUCAGGUACGUGCUGGAUUAUCUGCGGGACAAGCAGCUCGCGCUGCCGGAGCACUUUCCCGAGAAGGAGCGGCUCCUGCGCGAGGCCGAGUACUUCCAGCUCACCGACCUGGUCAAGCUGCUGUCGCCCAAGGUCACCAAGCAGAACUCACUCAACGACGAGGGCUGCCAGAGCGACCUGGAGGACAACGUCUCCCAGGGCAGCAGCGACGCGCUGUUGCUGCGUGGGGCAGCGGCAGCCGCGCCCUCGGGCCCAGGAGCGCACGGCGGCGGCGGCGGCGGCGGCGGCGGCGCCGCGCCGGACAAGCGCUCGGGCUUCCUCACACUCGGCUACCGCGGCUCCUACACCACGGUGCGCGACAACCAAGCGGACGCAAAGUUCCGGCGUGUGGCGCGCAUCAUGGUGUGCGGGCGCAUCGCGCUGGCCAAGGAGGUCUUCGGGGACACGCUCAACGAGAGCCGCGACCCAGACCGGCCGCCCGAGAAGUACACGUCCCGCUUCUACCUCAAGUUCACCUACUUGGAGCAGGCGUUCGAUCGCCUGUCCGAGGCUGGCUUCCACAUGGUGGCGUGUAACUCCUCGGGCACCGCCGCCUUCGUCAACCAGUACCGCGACGACAAGAUCUGGAGCAGCUACACUGAGUACAUCUUCUUCCGACCACCUCAGAAGAUAGUGUCACCUAAACAAGAACAUGAAGAUAGGAAACAUGACAAAGUCACAGAUAAAGGCAGUGAAAGUGGGACUUCCUGUAAUGAGCUCUCCACUUCCAGCUGUGACAGCCACUCAGAGGCAAGCACUCCCCAGGACAACCCACCCAAUGCCCAGCAGGCGACAGCUCACCAGCCCAACACCUUAACAUUGGAUCGCCCUUCCAAAAAAGCACCUGUGCAAUGGAUGCCCCCACCCGACAAACGCAGAAACAGUGAACUCUUUCAGACACUCAUCAGCAAGUCCCGGGAAACAAACCUGUCCAAAAAGAAAGUCUGUGAGAAGCUAAGUGUGGAAGAAGAAAUGAAAAAGUGUAUUCAGGAUUUUAAAAAAAUCCACAUUCCAGAUUAUUUUCCAGAGCGCAAACGCCAGUGGCAAUCUGAACUGUUGCAGAAGUACGGGUUAUAGUAAUAGUCACAUUCCUGCAGUAUUUCAAUGACAUUCGAUGUUCACUACGGUGUCGCCACCUGACUAUAUCCUAACAACGGUCAGUGUGAUUCUUGCUGCUCUUCCUUUUUGUGAACAGUGGAUGUGGGACAGUAUUUUCUUUCAUUCUUUUUUGUUGUUGUUGUUGUUUUUAGAAGUAUGAUUUUGAAAAGAGAAAAUAAAUAAAUAAAUAAAUAAAUAAAUAAAUAAAUAAAUAAAUGUUUAACCAAAAUGGCAUAUCGGACUCAAACCAUUUGCAAGAAUGAAAGUAAAAUGUGCAUGAUCCAGAAGAUUAGAAUCUUGAUUUUUUGAACUGUGGUCAACUGGAUAUGUUUGUCAUUUUGUAACUCACCGAAAACAAAUCAUCGUAUCACUCCAACUAAAAUGACAAUAUGGAUGAAGCAACAUCAAGUAAAAUGUUAGAUGAUGGUUUUGGGACCCAAAUCCAAAACUGUUUAAAUGUUAAUGCAAUAAAACAAGUAUUAUUUUUGCAUGAACACAAUGUUACAAAUAAAUCACAUGACAUAGGGAAGAUCUGUUUGUUGCUUGGAAAGAAAAUUACAAAAAAAUAAAGUAAAAAAAUGUUUCAGGCAAAGCCUGUAAAUGUAAACUGUCUAAGAGAUUGAUUUUAUUUGUCUGGAUCUGUGACUUUUUGUGUAUGUGUAUGGUGUUCUGUAUGUUAAGAUGGUGUAAAUAUGCCUUAUGCUGUUGUGUUAUGGCACUGACAUUCAUCUAUUAAUGCUAGUCAUGAUUAUUUCUGUGAAAUGAGUCCUUACAUCAGGCUGUGAAAAUUGGUAUAAUAAUGCUCUGAAAGAUACUAUUAUCAUGUUAAUCAAAAUAAUUGAGGGAAAUGGUAAAAAGCUUUAUGUAUUUAUUAAAAAAAGGAAAUAUAGUGGAAUUCCUUGA